AAAGAUCGACGUUUUAUUUAAAUAUUAGCUUGGUGAUGUUCUCGGUGUAGGCCGAAAUGACUGGAUCUUACAUAUUUCUAAAAUGUGUAAUUUUUAAGGGCUUGUAGAUUGUGAGGUUAACAAAUGAGCACAGACGCAUUAUAGCGCUAAAUUUUUAACGCAGUUCGGCGUGACGCUCCGACCGCACAGGACAGUUGAAACGGCUGUAGUUGAUGGGAUUUUAAUUAAAGAAGUAUUCGUUGGUGUGCGCCGUGAUCAAGAAGAGAUCGUGUCGAUUUGUCAAAUGUCUGAUGUUGAAGGAAUUUUAGAUCUUCUCUUCUAUUAAAUAGUAAAGAAAUUGUGUAAUGCGAGUUUUGAACGGAAUCUGGCGUGACGUUGGCUCCGAACAGGACAGAAGCGGAGGACAGAGUCUCAAAGAUUGUCUUUUUAAAUAUAUGAUGUCUGGCGUACUGAACAUCCGCCGAAAUUCAAUCUGAUCUUUUUUAUAUAUGAUAGUCUCCGGUUUUCAGCUGUAACCGAUCGCUGUUUUAACUUUAGUGGCGUGAAGCGUUUAAACGCCCUUUUUUAAACGGAGUCUGGUUCAACGCUUCAUUCGCGUAGGAGAGAGCGGAUUUGGCUUGGAGACGAUUCAGCUGACGAUCACUGACAGCGGCUGGCUGUGGGAUCUGUUCCCCGCUGUCGUUCUAACCAACUGAGAUAUUCUAUUCAACAGAUGUUCCUCAGAAAAUUGGAGAUUUUACUGAAACGGUCGCAGCUCGCAGGUCUAAAUGUACGCCGAACAGAAGAGUGGACUCUCAUGGUUCAUUAACUGUUGUCUUUGAACCUCUGACAGAUUGCUACGUUUGCAGGUGAGCGAAGAUUCUUUAUAUUAUUAGAAGUUUCAAAGGAGUCCGGCGUGACGUUCCCUCCGCCGCGGACAGAUCGAGCAGGGAUCUCCUUGGAAACGGUUGGUGACAGUCCCCCGCCCCCCCAUCAGGGAUGGUUGGUACUGAAAUCCGCCGCCUGCUCUCCCACUAACAACCAGUACCAAACUGGCCUACUUCCAGUGAGCAGAUGUUCUCCAGCAGAAUGACUCUGAACCAGUCCAGCCUGCUGUACGGACAGCUGGAGGACCUGCAGGAACUCGCCUUCAUCGAGAGGCCGAUCCGCAGGAGUCUCAAGACGGCGGAGGAGAUCGAUCAGCUGACUGUGGAUGAAGACCUGAAUGACAUCGAGAGAGCCGUCUACCUGCUGAACAUGGGUCAGGAGGUGCAGAGAGCAAGUGUCAUCAGUAACCUGCCGAGCCUCGUCCGCCAGAAUCCAGCGGAGACAUUUCGUCGGGUUGUACCGAAAGUUCGGGAGGUCCUGAACGGAGCCGGAGCAGAAAUCCAGUUGGCGGCAGCAGCGUCAUUUUUAACCAUUUUACAGGAUGAUAUCAUCCUGAUCCACACCCACACCUAUUCCAUCCUGAAGACUGUCCUGCUACACCUGAACCACCGAGACACAGUGGUGAGCAACGCCUGGUUGGAAACUCUGCUGUUGGCCAUCAACGCUCUACCCAAGGAGACCAUCAAACAGGAGGUGCUGAACCCCCUCCUCUAUCAGUCUCAGCUGUCUCACUCUCUUCAGGCUCGGCUGGCCAGCUGUCGCAUUUUAGGGAAAGUCGCCUGCAAGUUUGAUUCUCACAUAGUGAAGAAGGAGCUGCUGCCGUUGGUUCGUUCUUUAUGUCAGGACGUGGAGUUUGAGGUCCGGGCGUGUAUGUGCCGUCAGCUGGAGAGCAUUGCCAGAGCGACCGGGGUGGACGACACCAGGACAGAGCUGCUUCCUGAACUGGUGGAGCUCACUGAAGACGAGGAAAGCGGCGUCCGCCUCGCUGCCUUCGACACCAUCAUUAACUUGAUGGAGAUGAUGGACGGCGAUGACAGACUCCAUGUCGUGGUCCCCCUGGUGAUGUCAGUGUGCGAGGUGUCAUCACAGGCGGAUGAAGCUGUUGUGGCUUCUUUGUCCUUCCAGUUUGGGAAGCUGUGCAGCGGACUGGCAGGUUCUCUGUCAGAUGAGCAGAAGGGCCGUUUGCUGCAGAGGUUUAAGCUGUUGUGUGUCGCCGGUCUGCAGACUGAAGGAAACCAGACCGAUGGCAACAACGAGUCGACGCUGAUCCGCUGCAACUGCUGCUACAACCUGCCGGCCAUGGUCGUGUUUUCUGACUCAGCACACUUCCUAUCAGAGCUCUACCCGUCUUUCUCCAGUCUUUGUUCUGACCAAGAGGUCAGCGUUCGACGAAGCGCCGCAGCCAGUUUCCACCAGGUGGUGAAGCUUCUUGGUUCAAAUGUCCAGCUGGUCCACAAAGAGCUCCUGGCUCUGCUGCAGGACGACGCUCUGGAGGUGUUGGAUGCUCUGAUGAAUCACCUGGAGGAGACUUUGGAGGCGGUUCUUUCCAGAGGAGAAAACCUGACAAUGGACAACAAGUUCCCGGAGCUGCUGUCUGCUUUGCUGUUGGCGGAGCAGAAGGUUGGAUGUUCUCUGCGUUGGCGGCUGCAUGAGAAGCUGCUGCAGCGUUACAGCUGCCUGGCCAGACUGCUGUCUGGAGAACUGCUGCAUCAGAGCUUCUCCCCUCGCAUCUUCAUCAUCCUCACCACCAACGUGUUGCCAGUUCAGAAGGAGGCGGCUCGGACGUUCUGCACGUUCCUGCGUUACAACCGCAAACAGGAGCAGCGUCAGGAGAUGAUGGAGCGACUGAUCCAAGAUCUGGCUCAGGGGCGAAGUUACUGGAACCGUCUGCGCUUCCUUGAUGUUUGUGAAAUGGCCACUGAGAUUUUCUCCAGAAAAUACUUCAACAAACACUUCCUGAUCCCGGCACUGGAGCUGGUCCACGACCCAGUCGCCAACGUCAGGUACAAGCUCUGCCAGUUGUUGCCCAGAUUCCGCUCGUCACUCCGCCUGCCGGCCGACAAGCAGCUGCUGCAGCAGCUUGACUUCUGCGUCCAGAAACUCCUCUGCAGAGAGAAAGACAAGGACGUGGUGGCCACCAUCCGCAAGACAGUGUUGGAACUGGACAAACUGGACCUCACAGAACCUUUUCAUAAGAGACAGGAGAAGGAUUUACUGGACCAGAAGAAGGAAAAAGAGGAGACGCUGCUCCUGGAGAUGGAACAGCUGGAGCGCCAGCAGAGUGAAGGGAAACUGAACUCUGAAAAACACUCAGAGAGAAAACGAAGAGACAGUAAGACCUCUCUAUCUGCUACCAAAUCCAUGUCUGUGUCUUCGUCUGGAGCCGCUCUGUCCUCCUCUGGUAAAGAGAUGAGGAAGGCUAAACUGUCACGGAGUCGGUCACUCAGUAGUCAGCCAACAACGUCCAAAUCUACCAACUCAGACAGACCUCUGAAAGUGAAAGAGCUCAGCAGUGCGUCUGGACCCGGGAAGUCCUCCAUGUUAUCGAGUAAAGAUGACUCCUUGAGGACUGCCCACUUCACUAUGGCAACCCAGUCCACCUCCUCCAUGCCUGUCCUGAUCCGCAGCAACACCACCAGCCUCCUGGACAGAGCUAGCACACUGGAACACAGAAGCAGCCCUAUGGACCACAAGAGCACCCCUCUAGACCAGAGAGAUCAUAGAACCAUUACACUCGACCACAGAAGCAGUAACAUGGACCACAGGAAUAAUAUGAUGGAGCAGAGAACCAGUACAAUGGAUCACAGAACAAGUACCUUGGACCACAGAACCAGCACCAUUGACCAGAGAGACCACAGACCUGGUACUAUGGACCAGAGAGACCAUCGGACCAGUACUUUGGACCAGCGCAGUAAAACGAUGGACCGAGGAUGCGGGAUGAAGGAUGGCCAGUCCAGAAAGCUGUCAAUAAGCAGGAAGUCAAACUCUUUCAACGUCCAGUCAGGACGAGAUUGAAGAUGAUGAUGAUAAUGUGAUUAUACCUCCACCAGGCCAUCAGCAGUCAGGGAGUGGUUUCCAUAUAGACAGCAGCUUCAAGAGUUAAAGGACGAAUAACCCUUCAGAACAUUAGCCAGAGGGCGACAGGACAUCGUCUCUUCCUCACGGUCACAGAGACAGUCGAGGUUGACGUCUGCUGCUUUUAUUUUCUGAGCACUGUGUAUUCUAAUGAUCUCAUCCUGUCACUUGAUUGGUUCA